AUGGCGGACAGCGGCCCCGCGGGGGGCGCGGCGUUGGCCGCCCCGGCCCCCGGGCCGGGAGGCGGCGGCCCAGGGCCCCGCGUCUACUUCCAGAGCCCGCCCGGCGCUGCCGGCGAGGGCCCGGGCGGCGCGGACGACGACGGCCCCGUGAGGCGCCAGGGGAAGGUCACGGUCAAGUACGACCGCAAGGAGUUACGGAAGCGCCUCAACCUGGAGGAGUGGAUCCUGGAACAGCUAACUCGCCUCUACGACUGCCAGGAAGAGGAGAUCCCCGAGCUGGAGAUUGACGUGGAUGAACUCCUGGACAUGGAGAGUGAUGAUACUCGGGCUGCCAGGGUCAAGGAGCUGCUGGUUGACUGUUACAAACCCACUGAGGCCUUCAUCUCUGGCCUGCUGGACAAGAUUCGGGGCAUGCAGAAGCUGAGCACACCGCAGAAGAAGUGA